ACUAUCAAGACCUGCCUCCAACAAUGACAAAGAUGUACCCAAUGUCCGACGUCGACGGUGGUAUCGCUGGCAUGCCACUUCGACAAACAUGUGACCGAUGCCGCUAUCUCAAAGUCCGAUGCGAAAAGGACAGCGGCAGUCCCUCUGUCCGCUGCGUGCGGUGUUCAAAGGCCGGGGCUCUUUGUAUACGCAACCCACGCCAACGGAGUGGACGCCCAUUGUCCAACAACUCGCUUCACACUGGCUCCAGAGAUUUGCGGUCCAACUCGAGUUCAAACUCAAGCUCCAGCUUGAGCUUGGACUUUUGCAACGACGGACCGUCCCAGAAAUGGCCUUCUCGCACGGCGGCGGUGUGCGCUGAUACGACCUUGCGGAGCUCGCUGGAGCCUUCUAACGAUCUUUCUUGGCUCAACGCGAGAUCCAUCACCUCGUUCCAAGCAAUCGAGCAGUUUAUGGAGUACGGGGAAGACACCAACAAUGUGCCUUCGUUUGACCCUGAUAUGGCUCUAGAACACGGACUCGAAUUCCUGGCAGAUGGGAGCCAUGGGACCAUGCUUGACCAAAGCCCGGGACCAGAGAGUAGCAGCAGCAGCACAAGGGAUGCCAUGGAGACGGACAUACGAGAGUUGACAGAACUGAGUCUCCGAGCCCAUCGAAUCACAACAGAUGCCGGGACUCCUUCUACGGAUGAGCUGUUCGCGAUGACACAGUCGGCUCUGAAGGUUCUCGCGCGAAUCACCUCUACGGUACAGCAGCAGCAGCAGCAACAGCAGCAGCCCAACGAGGUCUCCGCCGUCCCCGGCAAUGGAGACCAGGACCCUCAACCCGCGGUGCAGCAUGGCCCCUGGAUGGCAAUCAGUCUUGUGCUACAAGCAGUCUCCGUGUGCGAGCAGAUCUACGAGAUGUUCGGCCACGCCUGCUCGGUGCUUCAAAGCGAGCUUGAGCCGGACGUCCAACACGGCAGCGGCAGCGGCAGCGGCAGUGACGCGAACGAUCACAGGAUGUCGGAUGCACGGGCCGUCAUGACUGUCGAGCUCAUAAACUACCUGUUCGAAAAGUUGAGCCGCGCCCAGAGACAGCUGCUCGCCGCCGCGUUGACCGCCGAUGACGCCUCCGCAAACAGCCUGGACGACAUGACCCCAGAAGACUCCAUCACGAGUCUCUCGGUACCAUCGGACGCAUUGUCGAGGUGCUCCACAAGCGUAAUACCGAUCCUGAGGGACAGAGCUCACGGGAAGCACCCGCAACUCCAGAAAUGUAUCCAGGCUAUCAGGGAUUUAACUCGGAACAAGGAUUGUAUAUGAGAAAGACACAUGCAUUGACCUUGGCUGGCAAAAGGAAAAAAAGGUGUUACGAGUUACAACCCAACAUUCUCUGGAGUUAUCAAAUAAUUAGAGUAAUAGAAUCGUCGUGGGAC